GUUCGGUAUAUCCGAGCCUGGAACGCUGAUCUCGGAGCUAUAAGUAAGGCUGUUUUUGUCCUCGCCACUUCAUUGUCUUCAGACGAGAGAGCCGCGGACAGGGUACAGAUAUACAGAGGGUUUUCCGGAGCGAGUAGAAUACGUUAUCGAGAGAUUUUGAGCCAAAAUAGAGGUGAUUUCUCUGUUUUGAAUUUGUGGAGAGAAGCUUUUUAAGAGGAAUGGGCGAUCAUCUAGUUUUGUACGUAGACCGCCUCAUUACGCCUGCGACAUUAGAAUCCAUUCAAGGGGCUGAAUCUUCUGGAGAAGGCUCUUCCACAAGCCACAUGGUUCCAUCUGGUUCUUUGUCAUCAGGGCAUUCAGAAAAUGAUAAUAGUUUGGAGGGACGCAGCAUUUUUGAGGAAGAAGCAGAGCCACUCAUUCAGACAGUGGAAUGCCGCAUUUGCCAGGAGGAAGACCAUGUCAAGAACCUGGAGACUCCUUGUGCUUGUAGUGGCAGUCUGAAGUUUGCUCACAGGAAAUGUGUGCAGCGAUGGUGCAACGAAAAAGGAGAUAUUAUUUGUGAGAUCUGCCAUCAACCGUAUAAACCUGGCUAUACUGCUCCACCCCCACGAGCUCUCUCCGAUGACACCACCAUUGAUAUCAGUGGAGGUUGGACAAUCGCAGGUGCUCCUUUGGACUUGCACGACCCUCGGCUCUUGGCAAUGGCAGCUGCUGAACGCCAUUUUAUGGAAGCUGAGUAUGAUGAGUAUGCUGCUACAAAUGCCAGUGGUGCAGCAUUUUGUCGCUCUGCUGCAUUAAUUUUAAUGGCUCUUCUGCUCUUGAGGCAUGCAUUGACCAUCACCAAUGCUGAUGGCGAUGAUGAUGAUGCUUCUGUAUAUUUCUCUCUUUUCCUGCUGCGGGCUGCUGGGUUUCUGUUACCAUGCUAUAUCAUGGCAUGGGCCAUCAGUAUCAUACAGCGUCGAAGGCAAAGACAGGAAGCAGCUGCGCGUGCGGCUACAGAAGUAGCAUUCGUGUUGCAGUCAGGGCAACGAAGGGGUCUGCAGUUUACCAUAGCCCAGGGGCCUGCAGCAACCCCCCAUCAAGAGCCACUUCAAUAACAGCCAAUCUCCUGUAAGUUCCAUACUUAACAUUUCCUGCACUUUUGGAAGAGGGGUAAAUAAAUUCUGAAAAAUGGCAAUCUGAUUGCUGGCGGUAUCACAAGUAGUGGUGGAGGGAUUGAGGGUUUGUAUUUGUGCUCGUCCUGGCGAGGUUCAGAGGUCGGCUGUCAUUCAAUGUACAUAGGGGGGGACUCGGGUAUGUGGUUUUGUUAUAUUGUUGUUGUAGCAGCUGGAGCUGCUUGGUAAUACUUUUCAUUGGCUAUAUACUAAAAGAUUCAUUUUGGAA